AGCCGGGUGCAGCCAAAAAAACCAUUCAUACCCACCGCCUUCCAUUUUUCUUCAAUAUACACCUGCUACAUCACUACACUCAACAUGUUGAAGGUGUCGCUGGUACUGCUGCUGGUCGUGGCCUACGUCGCCGCUAAGAAGGGUGAUACUGAUUCCACCAAAGUCGCCAACGAUGCAUGGAAGGCACCCAUCGUGGACGGGAAGGCAAUCGCUUCCUACUGCGGAGGCCGAAUGAAUUCGGCCACCCUGACGGUAAAAAGCUAUGAAUUGUCGGCUACAACACCCGGCAUCACCAAAUAUUCCAUGAAGGUGGACAUUGCGACGCCCAAAUCCGGUUCCAGCGAGGCAUUCACCUUGAAAAACCAAGUGUUUGAAGUGACCAAAGGACCCGGAAAGAAACUCACCAUUGGAAAGAAUCCUUGCCGCGGUGAUUUAUCAUAAAUCACAAUUUACCGGCAAUUUGUGUAGACCUGCACAGCGCUCUGUUGCAGUUGUUGAUUUGAUUGUUUCUUGUUGCACAAACCGAAACGGGUUCUGCCCGUAGAUACAGAACCAAAAAUGCCAAUGAAAAAUCCGGUGCCAAAAA